GAGUUGUGAAUUGUGAUAGGGAAGUCGUGGUGUGGUGGGGAAGCACUCCUCAUUUAUGUCAUGUGAAAGUGAAACCCGACCUCUCGACAGAAGAAGACGACCCUGCCUUGUUUUCCUUUCCCUUCUACUUUACCCUUUUGCUUUCACGAAGAGGAAACUCCUUCAACCCUUCGAAGAACUAACCUGCAUUCCUGCAUCGAAAACCCAUCUUCAAUCAUGGGCAGCGAAUACGACUACCUCUUCAAGCUUCUGCUAAUCGGGGACUCCUCCGUUGGGAAAUCCUGCCUGCUCCUUCGAUUCGCUGAUGAUUCCUAUGUGGAUAGCUACAUCAGUACCAUUGGGGUUGAUUUCAAAAUCAGAACCGUGGAGCAGGAUGGAAAGACAAUCAAGCUGCAGAUUUGGGAUACUGCUGGUCAGGAGCGCUUCCGAACAAUAACAAGCAGUUACUACCGAGGGGCACAUGGAAUAAUUAUUGUUUAUGAUGUUACUGAGAUGGAGAGCUUCAACAAUGUCAAACAGUGGUUGAGUGAGAUUGACAGAUAUGCAAAUGACAGUGUCUGCAAACUUUUGGUCGGGAACAAAUGCGAUCUAGUUGAGAACAAAGUUGUAGAUACGCAAACAGGACAGGCGCUAGCGGAUGAGCUUGGCAUCCCUUUCCUUGAGACCAGUGCUAAAGAUUCAAUAAAUGUGGAGCAAGCUUUCUUGACAAUGGCUGCAGAAAUUAAGAAGAAUAUCUAGCCAUGAUACACUACCUGUCAUGCAUUGGUGGCUGGCUGCUAGGAAACGUUGUCCAAUUAACCAUUGUUCAGCAAUAACCUCUGAUGAGGCAUAAGAUCCUUCCUGCUGUAGAAAUUGAUGAUUGUUGUUCUGAUUCAUUCCCUUCAAAUUUCUUAUGGCUUUUGAAAGUGUCAAUUCCAUGAUGCAUGAAGAACUCACCAGUGAUCUCAUAAUUUUUUUGCAGAAUGGGUAACCAGCCGACUGCUACCAAGGCAACAGGAACGGUUCAAAUGAAAGGACAGCCAAUCCAGGAAAAGAGCAACUGCUGUGGUUAAGUGAGCGGAGUCGUGGUAUUUUGCUCUUCCAACAGAAGACUUGUUGGAUGAUGGACAUUGAAUAUGUGUUUUUUACAUUGUUUAUAUCGCCCGUAGAAGAAACUGUUGAACUUUUAUGCCUCUACCUGCCUAACUUAAUGAACUCGAAAGAGUUAUCAUAGAUUCAGUUCACAGAUCUUUCAUAUUGUUAUUAGAGUGGCAAAACUGACCUAAUGCAUGUAUUGCCCCUGACUUGCAACUCAGCCAACCCGAGUUCGUCGAUUAUUUGGUAGUCCGGACUCGAUUGAUCCUUAGCUCGGUUGACACAUAAUCUGGUUUAUGUGUCUAUCAUCUAAUCUGAUUGGCAUGUAGAUAACUCAUAAUUGGUUAUCGAUUCGACCUGACACUUAAUUUGAUGUACUCUUGAGUUCAAGUUAUUUAAGAUCG